AUGUCGAGAGUACGUGUUGGGCAGCCAGCGACACUACGCCGCAAUGCUGACGCAAGAUGUUGUCCAGAAGUCGACGUCAAUGAUUGGGACGAAUACGUCACGUUCACCAACUUUUCGCUUGCUUCUGACGACUUGGAAUUUUCCGUCUCCAUUCAGAUCCCGGGUGUGCUGGACGUAGCAUCAAUGGGCUGGGGCCUUGACAUCGAUGAUUCUGGGACCUGGAUCAAUGUGGAGCUUUCAGUUGGAGAUUGGCUUCAAUACGUCGAGAUGCAAUUUUCUGGCAAUUACAUGAUGCGAAGCAUGACUAUGGAGACAGAUGCAACGCACCUGGACUUUGGAAGCGCGCAGAGUCUGACGAUUGUUCGCAGUGUCGAUUCUGAUGGUGCGACGCACCGUGUGAAGUGGUACGGUGAGUCAGCAAGUCAUGGUGGCGGCCAUGGUGAUAAGCUCAGACUCCUUGCAGAGGCGACCUAUCCACCUGGUUCCGGCUCGGCUCCCGGUCCUCCUCCGGGCCCCAGCCCCUUGCCUUUUGCUUCGUCGCUGGUUGAGAGUGGAAAACCUUCACCAAAGCUGGGUUCUGGAGAGAGUGCACGCGCCGGACCUGGAGCACGGAACGCUCAGCAGUCCUCUAGCGCGACCUUCUCGCGCACAGGUGGGACAUCGGGCUCGGUGGGACCGGCUUGCCUCUGGAAUCGGGCUUUGCAAAAGAGCGAGCUCGAGGACAAACUCGCCAAAGACUGGUGCGAGGAGCUCUCAGACCGUGAUGAUGCGCAGCCCUGUGUCGCGGCACCCGCCAGCUUCUUGUCCGAUCCUUGCCAGUGGUUUAGAAUGGAUGCCGGCCCGGAAGCUUGGGAGGAGAUCAGCUGCAACUUCUUGCAGGUGUCCCUUAAGUCGGAGCUGCAGGGCUUAGAUGGGGGCUUGGAUGGGGGCCCUCGCUUCUGGAUCGCAGUUGCCUCGCAAGCCCUGACCCUUUGCUGCUUCGCUCUCUUCCUGCUGCUUGCGCCGAUCCCAGGGAACCCAGGAAGACAGAAGGAGGGGUUGCCCUUACAUGUCUUGGUCCUCUUGGGCUUGACGACAGGCAUGGACUUCUUCUGCACCGACCAGUACCAGCCAAGCAUGCCAAAGAUCUCGAGGCAGUUCGGUGUGGAUCCUGAAGCCGUCGGUUCCACCAUCCAGGUCCAUCUCAUGAGCUGUGCCCUGACAAUGCUUUGUGCCGGACAUUGGAUCCGAAAACGCGGCAUGCGGCAAAUGAUACUUUGGUGCCAGCUCUUCCUGGCUUCCGGUGCGCUCGGCUGCGCUUUUGCACCUUCCUUCGGCUGGUUUGUGGUUGGACGCGUCCUGCAGGGCAUCUCUGCAUCUUCCAGUGUCGCGGUGUCAGCCAUGCUGACUGCAUCCUACAGUGAUCCGGAGGAGCUGAGGCGAGCCUCGAACAAAGUGGCGUGCGUCGCGCUGCUUGCACACAUUGCAGGGCCUGCGACAGGUGGCCUCAUUGCCUGGGCCUUCGGCAACUGGCAAGUUUCAUUUCUUGCCGUCUUUGGUCUCACAGUCCUAAACACUCUGGCGAACUACCUCCUCCUGCCCGAUGUCAGAGUGGAUGAGGAGCCUCCGAAGGCUGAUCAACCGCAAGGAGAUGGUGUGCUCAGACGGCAGCUUUUGGUGCUUUUGGGGCUCAGCCUCCUGAGAGGGAGCUCCUAUGUCUUGAUGUCCGUGAAUGGUUUCAUCUUCGAAGGCUACUUCCUGGGAGGCAUCCGCCCAGCCGCUUUGAUGAUGUCCAUCUUGGUGGCUUCAAGAGCCUUUGGCAUGUUGGCAUCCACCAGCUUGGGCUUCUCCCCUGUGGAGGCCUUGAACCUCUUCUCGCCGCUGUUGUUGCUUGCGGCCUGCUAUGCUGCGGUGGUGGGCGCUUUGAUGAUCAGCGAUAACCCUUUGACUUACAUGUCCGGCCUGGCCUUACAUCAGUUCCUGGCACAUGGGCCGACCUGGGCCGUUCUGGCAGAAGCCCAAAAGGAUCCUGAGCUUGACGAUGCGGGCCUCCCGCCCCACAUCUAUGCUGGCAUCAUGAAUGCGAGUGCCUGCAUGCUCUCCUUGUUUGGGCUUUCCGCCAUAAGCGGCGGCCCGUCGGCGGUCCUCUACGUGAUUGCCAUCAUGUCGGCGACGUCACAGGCCUGCAUCCGUGCCGGAAGUCUCUGGGCCGCUGCAAAGCGGCUCGCACAAACAGCGUUUGAAAGCACCUCGGACUCGGACCCAAAGAAGCCUCCUCCGGAUGAUUGA